GAAUGAGAAGACGCGCGUCGUUAACGAGUCAGUCAGCCAGUUGACUGCAUCAAGCCUUGACCUUUUAUUUCUUUUCCCACACAAUGUUUUCAAUGUUUUAUUUGAAAAACAUGCGCGAUUUAACACGUUUGUUAGCAGUACUUUAUACUUUACGGCUGUCGAUGGCUACAGACGGCCCUUUGAUGGAGAGGUUUUUAAAGCGGGACUAUUCUCUUGUACAGCCUUAUAAUGGCUUCUCAAGCUAUUAUUCACCGUGGGAUCUGAAGGGUACUGCUUUAGUAACAGCUGAAUAUGUGAGGCUCACCCCGGACCAGCCGCACAGACAUGGAGCUAUCUGGAGUCAAAAUCCUUUACUGUUAUACGACUGGGAGCUCGAGGUGCACUUUAAAAUCCACGGGCGGGGAAAGACGAAUAUGGCUGGAGAUGGUUUUGCCAUCUGGUUAACCAAAGAGCGCAUGGAGGAUGGGCUUGUUUUUGGCAGCAGAAACAAUUUCACUGGUCUCGGAGUAUUUGUGGACACGUUUCCCAAUUAUAAAUAUGGAUGGAUGGAUGAUUGGGAUUACCCUCGUGUGUCAGUGAUGUUGGGGAACGGGAUCCUGUCUUAUGACCACGAUAGUGACGGACGAGACACUGAGCUCGAAAGCUGCUCGGCUAAGGUUCGCAAUUCAAGAGAUGGUGCAUUUAUCCUCAUUAGAUACACCCAAAACAGAUUGAAGAUCAUGACAGCUAUGAGAGCUUUUGAUGGUGGUGAUUGGAUUUGGGAAGACUGCAUCAACAUCGCACUUGUUCAUUUACCUGCUGGCAAUUACCUUGGGGCUUCCGCUGCUACCGGUGAACUCUCAGAUUACCAUGACAUUAUCUCCAUGAAGUUGUAUGAGCUGACAGUUGACAGCGGCCCAAAGGAGAAUCUACACACCCAGAGGAGUGACGACAAGAGCGAAUUACAAGAUGACUUCAAAGAGAAGCAGAUAAGUGGAAUCCAACUCUUGGCCUUGUUCUUCAUCAUCCUGGGCCUGUGUGCACUCGUAGUGGGUGGGUCAAGAUUCUACAGGCGCUGAGAGGAAAAGAAACGCAAACGGUUCUAUUGAUGGAAAAUAAAUCCAAUGGAUUGAUGGAGCCCACAAUACAAAAGUCAUACAAGACCGUACAAGCUAUAAUGACCACCAUCACUAAUAAUGGGCAACGGUAAAAUUAAAAUCUGAAAUGAGACAAGGCUGUUGCUCUUGUAGAUUACCUAAAAAGCACUGGUCUGUUCCAAAUACAUUGUAAGAUGUUGAUUUGUACGUACCUGCUUUCAGAAUCUCCACCUGCCGAAAUGCACAAGGCAGUCCAAACCUACCCUUGAAUCAGAAUCUGUGAUACUGUGUAGCAUGAUUUUAUUUUACAUUCUGUUUACUACCGCUAACCACCGGGUGCCGCCAGCAUCAAACUUUUGUAACAUUGAACACUUUUACUGCAAGGAAAUCAUGACAGUUCUUGAGAUCCUGAUUCAUUGACUUUUUUUGCAACCUGUCUUAACCUGUUUUCUUUCUAUGUUGUACCGCUAAUUACUUUGAAAACAGAAUACUUUUGAAUUUCUAAGACUUUUUUUUUUACUUGAAGUCGUAAAAGCUUUUUGAGGCAGCCAUAUAUGUAUUCUGAAUGCACAUUACCCUUUUGCUGUGGUACAGGGGCAUAUGAUUCAACCAACAUGCUGGAAUAAAUACACAGUAAUUGUAGCAAUUGCACCAAUUCACUAAUCAAUAAUCCUUAAAAGUCAUUCCAUCGCGAUACAUUUGUUUGUAAAAACUACCAGUGAAUUUUCGUGUGUGGUGUGAUACUUUUGAACUGCAGAGUUCUGGCUCUGGAUGGACGUAUUUUCCACCAGAUGCAGCCCUCUGCUUGUCAACAAUGAAAAGCAACAUCACUGAGUUCUGUACACAUGUGGGUCUAAGUAUUUUGGAAUAAUUUUUUUUUUAAUGAUGCUCAUUGUAUGUUUAUUUGUCUUUAUUGGUUAACAGUUGCAUCUGAAUGAUGCAACUGCGCAAUUAAGCAUCAAAUCAGGCUAAGUGGGGGCUGCUAACCUUGAACUUUAUAAAGCAAGAUCACUUUUAAUUUGGGUAUUGCUUGAACAAAAUAAAACCGUUUUAUGAAUGUU